UAGGCGUGUGCCCUCCACACUCUUCGAUAUCCAUAACCCUCUAGUCUUCAUUUACAACUCUCUCUAUCACAUCUUUCAUCUUCAGUCUUUCUUUUUCUCUUCUCAUUUCUUCCUCAUGGCAGCCAUUCAAGGACCAAGUAGCCAGCCCUCUGCCCUUAAACUAACCCAGCCACCAAACACUUGUAGCGAUCCCGAAAACCAAGCAAAUCAAGCACUAGAAGUGGAAGUGUUCGACUAUUCCAAAAGAGCACAGUGGCUUCGAGCUGCUGUGCUCGGUGCAAAUGAUGGUUUGCUUUCUACUGCAUCUAUAAUGAUGGGAGUUGGAGCUGUCCGUAAAGAUCCCAAGACCAUGAUCCUUACAGGUAUUGCCAGUUUAGUUGCCGGUGCCUGUAGUAUGGCCAUUGGAGAAUUUGUCUCUGUCUAUUCACAAUAUGACACAGAAAUGGCUCAAAUUGAAAGAGAGAUCGAGUCUAGAACCAUACAACCCAUUGAUGUUGAGGCAAGGAAAAAGGAUUUGCCAAACCCAUUACAGGCGGCCGGAGCUUCAGCCUUUGCAUUUGCUGCAGGGGCAGCGAUACCACUGCUUGGGGCAGCUUUCGUGAAGGAAUAUGCAGCGAGGGUUUGGGUAGUGAUAGGUUUGGCUAGUCUUGCUUUAUUAGGGUUUGGAUGGUUAAGUGCAGUGUUAGGGCAUGCACCUGUGGUUAAGUCAUCUUUGAGGGUGUUGGUUGGUGGAUGGUUGGCCAUGGGUAUAACUUUUGGAGUAACCAAAGCUAUUGGCAUCACUGGAAUUUGAUUGUCAUAGUCUCUAAAGAAUAUAUCAAAUGAAUCUAUGCACCUUUAAUUUA